AUGGCGAAUAAAAUGCUCUUUGGAAAGUCUCUGGCAGAGUACGAUGAUAAUCUGGACAACCUUGACGAAAUGUUGUCCAAGCUGACAGAAGAUGAGAUCAACGAGCUGAAUAAUGACAUUGAUCCAGAUAACGCCUUGCUGCCGCCCUCACAGCGUUGUCGCGACCAGACGACAAAGGAACCCACGGGUCCCUUCAACAGAGAGAAGCUUAUCCAGUGA